UAUAAAACCUGUUACAGAAAGCCCUUGCAUAUAUAAAAUCUUUGAGAAAUCUCUCUAAAUUUUGGUGAAAAUCUCGUUCUACAAAUUAUUGUACUUUCGUCAUCUAACAACUAGACUACGACGAUCGACUUUUUUUUUUCUCUUCGAAGCUCUAACCAAACUUCAAACCAUGUCUGGAGGAGAAGAAGAUGUACAAAACCUAACAACACGUCUACAUAAACUUCAAACUACAUCUGAAGGAGGAGGAGGAGAUACAAAGAAUACAAAGGUAGAUGAUGCAUGUAGAUUUCUUUUUAACGUUAAGGAAAGGUUUAAGGACGAUACUAACGAUGUAUUCAGUUCUUUUAUCGACAAUUUAUUGAAGUUGAAAAGUGGGAGCAAGUCGAUGAAUGAGGUUUGCCAUGAGACUACGAUACAAUUUCGGGAGCAUCCUGAUUUGCUUUUGGAGUUUGCUCCAUUUUUGGCUGGCUUUUCUCAAGAAAGGCCUAGUUCGUGACGCAGGGAUGUCUAUGUCUAUAUAAUAUUAAUAGGCUUAUCCUGUAAAAAUGUUACCUGUUGUUAGGUUUUGUAUAUCUUCUUCUCCUCCAGACAUGGUUUGAAGUUUGGCUAGAGCUAGCUUCUUAAAAAAAAAAAAUAGGGUUACGUUUUCAUUAGCGACAUUUAAUU